AUGGAAAGCGAAGAAGUGUAUGAUGCAAAUCACACAAAAUUCAAUGAACUCUGGAAAAGUGGCUGGCGCUGCUAUUACGAAGAAUAUACUAUCAUAAAAGGGAUAUCAAUUAAUAAAGAAUAUUCAGAAUCUUGCCUGCAAAACAUGAGGAUAAUGGAUCUUGGCUGUGGAUCAGGAGAUCUUGUGGCUCAUAUGAUUGAAAAGGGCGCUGAAAAAGCAGUUGGUGUCGAUAUUUCUCAGAAAAUGAUUGAUGAUGCAAACGAUAGGCUUUUUACCAGAGAAGACUGGUACUCGCGCUUUGCAUUUGAAAAAGCUAAUUGUUUUUCCAUUGAAAAUAUGAACGAAAUUAUGCCUAUUGAGAAAUAUGCUCACUACUUUGACGCAAUUUCUUCUAUCUUUUUGAUUUGCUAUGCAGAAAGUGAAAGAGAAUUAAGUGAAUUCUUUCGUCUUUGCAACAGAUAUCUAAAAGACAAUGGCAACAUAGCGUUGAUAACCUUAAAUCCCAGGAUUGCUUUGGAGUUCGCAGAAUAUCAAGAAAAGACCAAAAAUUCACCAUUUAGACUGAUUAGUAUGAGAGAAAAUAACGGCCUGCCUGUAGUUGAAGGAGGAUUUUAUGAUAUUGAAACAAAUGAAUUGAAAUUCACGAUUCAUCCAAUUGUCUACUCAAGGGAACAGAUUCAGCAGGUCUUAGAAGAAAAUGGUUUUGAGACUGAAGAAAUGGAAUAUCCAGCUUUUCAUCCAGAUUUUGAUGUUAAUGUACUUUCACCUAUCAUAACUAUGGAUUUUCUUACAAGAAAUGACUCUAAAAAUAUUUUUUGUAAAGCAAAAAAGGUGCGCUCUUUAUAG